UUUUAGUUCUUUAUUUUUUAUAUUUUUCCAAAUUUCUAUUUUUUGUUCUAAUAUGAUAUUUGGUUUAGAAUGUUUUUUCUAAACUUCUUGGCAUUUGGUUCUGUUCUGUUGCAGCUGUGGUAGUGCUCAGCUACUGAUAUGGGGUGCUCAUUCUUUGAGUUCAUUCUUUGCUGAAUCUCGUUUGGCAGAGAAUACCUCUAGAUUUUUUGCAAGGUGACAAAUUUAGAGCAGCAGUAGAUAAUUACAUUAGGCCUCUCCUAACUAAGGGAGUUCCAUCUCUUUUCUCUGAUCUUUCGUCUUUGUAUAAUCACCCAGGGAAGGUAGACAUUUUGGAACAACUUAUUCUUAUAUUUUUUCACAGCGCUCUUCAAGCUAAGGUAUAUUAAAGAUCAGAUAGAGAAAGGUAAUUUAUAAAGGAGGAAUUCAAGAAAUUAUUGUAGCAUUUAUACUGAGUAUCGCAUCUGCUAAAAUUAAUAAAUAUGUUAGAGGGAUUUGAGAUUCAUCAAGAGAAUAAUGAAGGAAGUGGCGGUAAGAGUAGUAAUGAUAAUGAGGGUGAGGAAAAUUCAUUUGACUUGAAUGAAGGAGCGGCUAUGAGUGAUGAUGAGGAAUUGGAAGAAGAGAAUAAUAAUGAAGCAAAGGAGGAUGAGGAGGAUAACAAUGAAGAAGAAGGGAAUUCAACAAACCCAAGUAGCAGUAGCACAGCAUCAAGAGAAGGGAAGAGAGGGAGUGGUGUGAACCAAUAUGUGAGAUCAAUGAUGCCACGGCUUCGUUGGACUCCUAAUCUUCAUCUCUCAUUUUCCCAUGCUGUUCAGAGGCUUGGAGGUCAAGAAAGAGCAACACCUAAAUUGGUGCUUCAGCUAAUGAAUGUCAGAGGCCUAAGCAUUGCUCAUGUCAAGAGUCACUUGCAGGAGUUAAUUGAUUUUCUAAAAGAAACUGGGCUGCAGUCAAGUGCAGCUGCCACUAGAAAUGCUUCAACUAAGCUUUUGGGUGUUCUACAUAGAUUUGUUGGUCUAGAUAUUAAAGGGUUCCUUACUGAUGUUAAGCCUGCAUUGCUCAAGGCUCUUGAUACUGAGUAUGAGAAGAAUCCAUGAGGGAGCAUCUGCAGCUCCCAAGGGAUCAGUCAACACAUCAGAAUCAUCUUCCUUAGUUGCUGCUGGUGGCUUGGAUAGCUUGCCUCGUGAAGACAUUAGUGGAAAGAUUACUCCUACUCUCUUGAAGAGCUUGGAAAGUCCUGAGUUGAAAGUUUGAUUGACAAUAUCUUUCAAAUAAUUUGAUGUUGUUGGUUAUUUUAACUAUUUAUUAUAACUGAAAGGAAUGAUGUUAUUAUGAUAUUUCAUGACAUUCUUCUGUGAUUUCCUUUUAGGUUCGUAUGGAGUCUAUUGAAGCUGUAAAUAAAAUAUUGGAAGAGGCAAAUAAGCGCAUUCAAGCAAAUGGAACUGGUACUUUAGUAGCAUUUGUAUUAUAAUUUUGAAACUAUUGCUAUGUGUGGGACUGAAUUUUGGGUUGUAAAAUCCCACAUGGACAUGAACUUUAUAUUACAAAGAUUAGGAUGAUUACAUGGAUGGGUGGUUACACAAGAUUAUAUAGGAUUAUGAACGAUUGCAUUAGAUAAAUUUGGGGUAGUGUUGAUUAUUGAAAGAUGGUAGAAUCUUGCAUUUUUAUUGAAUAGGUUCUUUCUUAAUAAUUAGUUAUUUGAUUUUUACUG